AUGUAUAAGAAGAAGACCAGAAAAGACUCAGAUGAUUUUUAUGUGUCAGCAGCUAGCGAAAAGAAUGAUGAAGACAAACAUUAUGUGUCAGAUAAUAAAAACAUAUUGAAUCUUUUAACAUCACAUAGUGAACUUAUAAAUAGUAAUGUAGAGAAUUAUUCUUUUAAUGAUAUAUUAAACAAAAAUGAUUUUAUUUAUCAUCAAGAUGUAAACAACAAAAUAGAGAAUACCUAUAAAAAUGUUAAUAAAUAUAAAGAAGAAGAUAAUAAUGUAAUAAUAAAUAGUGACAUUUAGGAUAUUCAUAAUAAUUUUUAUGAUGAAGAAAAAGAAAUACAAGUAUUUUUAGAUAUAUCAAAAUUAUUAGAAAGCAAAGAAGAAAAUGAAAAAUA